GGCGAAGCUCACACGGCUCUUCCUGGGGUUGUAUCAGUUAUGGACACGGAGACGAACAGGCUGGAGAGCUUCGCUUCGUGGGUCGGCGGGGGCGUCGCCUCUGCCUUCUUCUCUUCUUUGGAAAAGACGUCUUGUGUUGCACUGUCGACUACCGACACCGACGACGAAGCGGACGACGGCGAGGAGCUUCUGAUGGGGCAACCCAAGAGCGAUCAGGCCCUGGCCGGCCCUGCUUCCGAGAUCACGGACUGGAGUCUGGUGGGUUAUGAGAACUUCGUGAGGAAGAAUCCGUUGAGCGAUUUGUUCGACGUCGAGAAGUUCCAUCACAUCGAGUUUUGGUGCGGAGAUGCGAGUAACACAUGGAGGCGAUUUUCGUGGGGUCUGGGAAUGAAUCUGGUCGCCAAAAGCGAACAGACCACCGGGAACCAGACGUACUGCAGUUACGUGAUCCGGUCCAACGAGCUGUUGUUUGCGUUCACUGCUCCCUACUCAAAAAAUAUCGAUCAGUCCACCUCGAGGAUUCCUCAUCCAGGUUUCAAAGCCGAUGAGGCUAACGAGUUCUUCUUGAAGCACGGUUUGGCUGUGAGGGCGGUGGGACUUUUAGUCGAGGACGCAGAGCAGGCCUAUGCCGUGAGUGUCGAGAAUGGAGCUAUUAGUGUUCUUGAGCCACAUACGCUCACCGAUGACAGCACUGGGGGAAAGCAAAAAUUGGCUGAGGUGAAGCUGUACGGUGAUGUCGUUAUGAGAUUUAUCAGCAAUCAUGGAUUUACCGGCCCAUUUAUUCCCAAUUAUCAGCCUGUGGAAUCGCUUCCUCUGACUCUCGGUAUACAGAGAUUGGAUCACGCCGUUGGAAAUGUUCCCAACUUGAUGGAGGCUGUGAAGUACGUUGCUAAGUUCACAGGGUUCCAUGAGUUUGCUGAAUUCACUGCGGACGACGUGGGUACCGGGGACAGUGGGCUCAACAGUCUUGUCCUGGCCAACAACAGUGAGAUGGUUCUGUUACCCAUGAAUGAACCUACAUUCGGAACAAAGAGGAAGUCUCAAAUUCAGACAUAUUUGGAGCAUAAUGAAGGCGCGGGAUUACAGCACCUAGCACUGAUCUGCGAUGAUAUUUUCUCGACCGUGAGGGAAAUGCGAAUGCGUAGUCAUGUUGGGGGAUUCGAUUUCAUGCCCAAGCCUCCUCCUACUUAUUACAAAAAUAUGCCAAAGAGGGUUGCAGGCAUUUUGAGUGAUAAGCAGGUGAAGGAAUGCGAUGAACUCGGAAUUCUUGUCGACAAGGAUGACCAAGGUGUUCUUCUGCAGAUAUUUACCAAGCCACUUGGAGACAGACCAACCGUCUUCGUUGAAAUCAUUCAGAGGGUUGGUUGUAUGGAGAAAGCCAAGAAUGGGCAAUUGAUCCAGCGAGGAGGAUGCGGAGGUUUUGGCAAGGGGAACUUCUCAGAGCUGUUUAAGUCCAUCGAAGAGUACGAGAAAACUCUAGAUGGGACCGUCAAAGAAUGAAAAGCUUGGGCUCCAUCUGUAUAUACCAGUUAAUUAGAAGAAGACUUAUGUGAGGAAUGAUCGUUUAAGCACUUCGAUACUAGUACUUAGAGACAGGAACUCUUUUCGGAGUCGUAUACGCGCCUACGUGUCUUCAACCAUUUAGGGCGCUUUUCUUGGCAGUUGGGCUCGAUGAAAGUUUUUUAGGAGUUCAUCGAAAUACAAGGCAUCGUCUUAUGAGGUGCCUAUGAGAAUCCAGGGGUAAUUUUAGCAGCGGAGGUGGUUGCAUAGGCUUAAGUUGAACGUCAUUAUCAAACGUUCUGAAUUUGUGAGCUACGCGGGACUGAACGUGUUGCAGGAAGGGGAAUGUAUGGAUAUUCACUCUGAUGAGCACUCUCAGGUGAAAUGUGCUUCCCCUUAUGUAAGAUUAAGCCGAGCAGGGUAGUUCACGUCCCCUGAUGAUUGUAAACAAUCGAAGAAAGGCUGGACCUGACAUAAGGACUCCUUGAUUUAGAGCAUUGAAGAUACUGAAGACUUAGAGUGGCCCACAUUAAAUUGUGCCCUACGAGACACGGGAUGUUAAGUGCACCGGAUAGCAUGCCUGUCACUGCAAACCUCAUUUUGACAUUUGGGGUUGAGCUCCCUGUUGUGCUUCUCUCGUGGGACUGAUGUAUGUGCAUACAUUACGGGCUGUUGUGAUGUUGGUUGUUUUUAACGUACAUAAAUAAAGAAAAUACGCUUCACUUAUCUCC